AUGGCGUCGGAAUUCUUACCCGAGACACCGGAGAUCGGAUCCUUGACAGCCCACUCAAGAGAAGACAGCCAAUUUGUCGGCAGCUCCAGCGGCGUCUACUUCAUCAAGACAGUCAAGCGAGCAUUCAACGACCUAGACGGGCCAGACUCGUCAGAAACAAACUUCCCCACAGCAGAGGACACAUUAGUCGGUCCAGAGGACUCCCCUCGAGAAAAGCGACAGCGUACCGCAUCGUUCAGGGAUGCCUCGACCGCAGAAGUCGACUCACCGACAGAAUGGACCUACGACCCAUCAUUAACAGAAACUCUGGGCAAACUCCCGCCCCAAGAUAUGGCAAAGAGUUUCAUGAUGAUGUACUUCAAAGUGUGGCAUCCUCUCUUCCCCUUUCUGCACGGUCCCACCUUCCUGCAGGCAAUGGAGAAGAUAUACUCGACGAAUCAAAGCCCGCCCUCACACACACCAUACGCAGAUCACCGUAGUACAUGCUGGACAACAAUCUUUCAAUGCGUCUUCAACCUGGGAAGUCUUUUAGUACCCGAUUUGGAUCUACCACCCGCGUCAAAGAUCCAAUCACCAAGCAGCAUCAACUCCCUUCUUGGGACACUCUCCUCUCGACAUGACAUUGCGUCACUUCAAGCCAUCCUGGCUAUACAGUUUUACCUUGUUGCAACUAUGUCGCUAAGACAGGCGUCUACUGUUGGUGGCUGUGUACUACGAUCUAUGCUCCAUGCUGGUCUUCACCGGUGUCCGUUUCGAUAUAAGCAGCUCUCUACGCAUGAUCGACAAUUGCGCAAGCGCAUCUUUUGGUGCGGGUAUGCUAUCGAUCGGUAUCUGAGUCAGGCUUUGGGGUUGCCGCUUGGUAUUCAGGAUUCUGAUAUCGAUGUUUGUUUACCUGCUGCGAGGGAGAUGCAUUCACCUGGGACACAGAUGAACCAAGCGAGCAGUGAGUGGGCUAGUGGGUUGACAUCCACUGAGAAUGGACGUUUUGAAGGUGAUAAGCGCCGAGCUUCACACUUUCAACUUGACAAUAGAGAAGAAGACCAUGGGAAAGAAGCUAUUCUCGCAAGUUACGUUGACUCUGGAACGCUCACAGGAAGAGCACUGGAGCUCUUCCACAAAUCGAUAUUGGUUCGAUCUGUUCGAAGAAGUUCAGUCUUGUUCCUUGUGACAGAUGUGCAUAAGUGGUGGAAUGGCCUUCCACUCGAUCUGCAAAGGAGACCAUCACCAUUAGAGCAAACGGCAGGAUCUAGAAGGCAUGAUAAUCCGUUUGAUUUUAGCCCGUUCUUCACUGUGUUAUACCAGCAUCUCAUUUUGAUCAUUCACCGGCCGUCACUGUCAUUGGAUCCGUCAACUGCGGAAUUUUGUUCUGGGUUACAGACUUGCAUUGGAGCUGCUCGGUCUAUUCUAUCAGCGCUACGAAUGCAAGUAAAUAGCCAACAAGCUUUGUUUUGGCCAGGCUUUUUGUCGGCUGCAUGGAUGUCGGGGCUGGUUCUGGCUUUGGCUUGUCAAUUAAAGCAAUAUGUCCUGACAAAAGGCCUUCAGGAGAUCCACGAAUUUUCAGACUUUCUAUGCCUAAUGUCUGAUCAAUGGGAGACAGCUAAGUAUUGCCAUAUGUCUCUCUCAGUGCUAGCUGCAAAGAUCAAAGAUUCAGAGCACCGUGGUAUAUCAACAGUCAAUUCCCAGGUCUAUGUGAGAGGUGUCUCUGGAGGAGAAUCCAUGCUCCUGGAUUCUUUGAAUGCACGCGAAGAAAGGAGACGAAAACUAGGCGGUGAAUCGCACUCCCAAGAGUACCACAGAGCCUUCACAGAGCCCAGCAAUCCAGAGCAAUGGGACCGAAAAGCUCACCUAAGCACAGGCAAUGAAUGGGAGCAUACCCAGGGCAAAGAGCAUGGCUUCACAGCUAUCCAAUCGGGCGUUACGCAACCAUCAGAGCAGAACGAUCAAGGCAUUCCCGCCGACACCCCUUCUUCGAUGCAAAUGAAUUUCCAAGAUACGCACCCUACUAAUUUUGAGGGAAUAUCGAACUUCGAUUUAAAUAUGGUCGAUUUGAUCGAGGGAGCCAAUCUCGAUUCCCUUUUUGAUAUGGUCGGACAGCAAUUUCCCAGUUUCUAA